AAAGCUUCAAUUCCAUCUCUUUUUCACAUGGAGAUUAGCAGCGGGGAAACCUGCCUCGGGUCUCCAUGUCACCCCGCAUUGCUUCUUUAUCCCUUGACAUUUGACCCCAAACAUGUCAGGGGUGAGCCAAGAGAUCGACAUCCAGAAGCGUCACGGGGAAGGCCGGGGUGCAGGUGAGGUCGCAUCCCGGUCCAUCCGCCGACGACCUGGCUAGUCCCAUACUCGGAGCCUAUUUCGACUGGAAUCCCCUGCGCGUCGGCGCGACUCAACGAAUCCACUCACAACUUGAAGCUUCUGUGUCCUCACAAGCACUCGAGGAUUACACCUUGAUCUCAAGAGGGAAAACAAGAACUCGAAGGAAAAUGGCGACCACAAUCGAGACCGCGCCGCUCUCGGCACCGGUGCAUGUUGACAUUCCCGACGCGCUGGAUAUUUUCAAUGAGGCCCAAUGGAGCGUCCUGAUGGCCCUCAUGGACACGAUCAUCCCGGCCAUCCGCAUCCAGGAGUCAGGGCAAAACACCAAAGGCCGAGACACGUCAACCAUGUAUCUCCCCAGCAGCGAGUACUCGGACGCAGCCAUCAAGCUACGAAACGCCGCUACGCCUCUCAACCCAACACCAGACACCCUCGAGGCAUACCUCGCCGAGCGGCCCUCCGAAAACCCAGUCUUCGCCCAGGUCCUCAAAUCCGUCCUCUCCAACAUUCCACCCAGCAAGCAACGCGAACUACGCAUCCUCCUCUCCAUCCUCAACACCCGCCCGGGCAGCCUCCUGCUCACCUCCCACGCCACCCCCUUCCCCACCCUCCCCCUCGCCGACCGCGUCAAGAUCCUCCAGAACUGGUCCACCUCCUCCCUCUGGUCGCUCCGCACCCUCUUCAAGAGCAUGACCACGCUCGGCAAGCUCGCCCACAUCCGCAGCAGCGCCGCCUUCCCCGCGCUCACCGGCUUCCCCGCCGUGCCCGCCGCCUGGGCCGGCGGCGCGAGCUCGCAUCCCUACGAGUUCCUGCAGUUCCAUGCCCCGGAUCCGGCGAAGCCGGUUGAGGUCGCUACCGAUGUGGUGAUUGUGGGCAGUGGGUGUGGGGCCGGGGUGGUGGCGAGUCGGUUGGCGGGGGAGUUUGGGGCCGGGGUGAGGGUGUUGGUGCUCGAGAAGGGGCGGCAUUUCGAUGCGAGCCAUUUUCCCAUGUCGCAGGCCACGGGGCUGGGGAGCUUGUUUGAAGCUGGGGGGGUGGUCGAGUCGGAUGAUGGGUCGGUGACGGUUACGGCGGGGAGUUGUUUUGGGGGCGGCGGGACGGUGAAUUGGAGUGCGAGUUUGCAGCCGCAGGAUUUUGUGAGGGCGGAGUGGGCGAGGGAGAGGAAGUUGGGGUUCUUUGAGGGGGAGGAGUUUCAGGGUUGCUUGGAUCGGGUGUGGGAGACGAUGGGGUGUACUGGGGAUGCCGUUAGGCCGAAUCAUGCGAAUCGGAUUCUGGUGGAGGGGGCCAAGCGGUUGGGGUACCAGGCGAAGGUGGUGCCGCAGAACGCUGGGGGGAGUGACCAUUACUGUGGGUAUUGUACACUUGGGUGCUGGAACGGGGACAAAAAGGGGCCUGUGAAUGGGUGGUUCCCUGAGGCGGCGAAGCAAGGGGUGAAGUUCGUAGAGGGGAUGAAGGUUGACCGUGUGAUCUUUGAAGAGAAAAAGGGAAAGAUAGCUAGGGGAGUGAAGGGGGUGUGGACGUCUAGGGACGGCGAGAAGGUCCAGGUUGUGGUGAGGGCGAAGAAGGUGGUCAUUAGCUGUGGCACCCUCUGGAGCCCGGUGGUGCUGAUGAACAGCGGGAUCAAGAACCCCCAAAUUGGCAAGAACCUGCAUCUGCAUCCUACCAAUUUCGUCUCUGGCGUCUUUGACGAGGACGUUCAGCCGUGGGAGGGUGGUUGUCUCACUUCUGUCGUCGGCUCUUUCGAGAACCUCGACUCGAAAGGCCAUGGCGUGAAGCUUGAAGCCAUGUCCAUGAUGCCGUCCUUCUGCCUCCCCUUUCUCCCCUGGGCCUCCGGUAUCGACUACAAGCUCCUCGCCGCCAAGUACCGCCACCUCAAUACCUUUAUCGCCAUCUGCCGGGACCGCGACACGGGUACCAUCUACCGCGACCCGACCACGGGCCGUCCGCGCAUCACCUACACGCCGUCCGACUUCGACCGGGCCCACACCAUGCGCGGUGUGCUGGAGCUCUGCCGGAUCCUGUACGGCCACAGCGCAAAGGAGAUCCACCCCUCCAUCGCCGGUUUCGCGCCCUUCGUCCGCAAGGAGGGCAAGGAUGCAGAGGCGGAAAAGAAGGACUUUGAGGCCUGGCUGACCCGGCUAAAGGCCCACGGGAACAAGCUUCCCGUGUCGCCUUUUGCGUCGGCACAUCAGAUGGGGACGUGCAGGAUGAGUGCGAAGGCUAAGGAGGGCGUGGUGGAUUCCAAGGGCCGAGUCUGGGGCACCCAGGGGUUGUAUGUGGCGGAUGCGAGCGUGUUCCCGAGUGCGAGCGGAGUGAAUCCCAUGGUUACGACGAUGGCGAUUGCGGAUUGGAUUGGGAAGGGUGUGUGUGAGGAUUUGAAGGGCGAGGGGUUUGCUGCGAGGCUGUAGUUGUGAUGUAAACUGGACGGGCAUAGGGCCGUGUACGAAUAGGUGUCGAAGGAUCGAAACUCUUACUUCAUGCAAGUUUCCUUCCCUUACACAAAUUAGCAGGUGACACCCAUAUCAAAAAGUGUAAGUAAAAGUAAAAAAAAAAAGAAAAAGAAAAAAGGAAAGAGAAAAAGA